AUGGGUGUCAUCAUUUCUCACACUUACCGUUUUUCAAGUCCUACUUCCUAUGAAAAACGUCCUUCUUCUGCACUCUUCGGUGAUUUUGUGGUCCUGAAACAGCACUACCAGCAUAUCUUGGCUUUGGAAUUUGCUGUAAAGGAGAUAAAUGACAAUACUAAACUCUUACCUAACAUCACCCUGGGUUUCCAUAUCUACAAUAAUGAUUUCAGUGCCAGUGUAAUUUAUCUUGCUUCCAUGGAGCUUCUCUCCACAAAAGACAAAUUCUUCCCAAAUUACAAAUGUGAUGCCCAGAACAAUCUGGUAGCAGUGAUUGGGGGACCUAACUCUGAUGUCAGUCUCAACAUGGCAACCAUUCUCUGCAUGUACAAGAUCCCACAGCUCACAUAUGGCUCUGCUUUAAUGAUGGAGAAACAAACCCAAGGAGUUUUUUUCCAGCAGAUGUUCCCAAGCGUGGCCCUCCAUUAUAAGGGUAUUCUGAGGUUACUGCUGUAUUUCAAAUGGCGAUGGGUUGGAGUGGUUUAUCUGAAUGAUGUUAAUGGAGAGAGAUUUGUACAGGAAGUACUUCCCAUGUUCUCCAAAAGUGGCAUCUGCUUUGACAUCAUACUAAGAUUCCCACAGCUAACCUUUUCUGUAUUUGCUGAUCAAAUGGUGAAGGAGGGUUUUCAAACAUUCCUGGGUAUCAUGAAAAGCACUGCAAAUGUAUUGAUUGUACAUGGUGAAAUCCAGACAAUCAUUAUUUUGAGAAUGGUACUUCACUUCUCAGAAUUUGAGAAUAUACCAAUGGUAACAAAGGUCUGGAUUAUGACAGCUCAAAUGGAUUUCACUUCCCUUCCCUUUCAAGAUGAUUGGAAUUUAGACUUCAUACAUGGUGCUUUAUCACUUGCAAUGCACAGAAAGGAAUUGUUUGGCUUCCAGAACUUUGUUUGGGCCAGAAAUCCUAAAGGGGAAAGAGAAGAUGGCUUCAUCAAAGCUUUUUGGGAACAAGCUUUUAACUGUGUGCUUCCCACUUCUCUGGCAGACCAAGAAGAAAGCAAAAUCUGCACUGGGGAAGAAAAACUAGACUCUCUUCCUGUGACUGUUUUUGAAACACAACUGGCCACUCACAGCUACAGCAUCUAUAAUGCUGCCUAUGCUGUGGCUCAUGCUCUGCACAAUAUACAUUCCACCAAGUCCUUGCACAGAGCAAGAGCAGAGGGACAAAUAUGGAAACUGCUGAAACAGCCACUGUGGCAGUUCCACCACCAUCUGAGAAGUGUUUCAUUUAACAACUCUGCUGGUGAAAAGGUUUCUUUUGAUGAAAAUGGCUCAUUAAUAGCAGGAUUUGAUGUUAUCAAUUGGGUCACAUUCCCAAACCAAUCCUUUCAGAGAGUUAGAGUUGGCAAAAUAGAAUCCCCGGCUUUUUCUUUAAGAACAUUGAACAUUCAUGGAGAUAAUAUUGAAUGGCCAAGUAGAUUCAACCAGGCCUGGCCCCUUUCUCUCUGCAACAACAAAUGUCUUGGAGGCACCAGUAAGACAAAGAUAGAAGGGAAGCCAAACUGUUGCUACUAUUGCCUCCCAUGCCCUGAAGGGAAAAUGUCAAACCAGACAGAUAUGGAGGACUGUGUCCAGUGUCCGGAGGAUAGAUAUUCAAACUAUGCCCAAGAUGCAUGCCUUCCAAAAGGUAUAAGCUUCUUGUCUUAUGAAGAAUCAUUAGGGAUCAGUUUGGCCAUAUUUGCUCUUUCCUUCUCUUUUGUUACAGCUCUGGUGCUUAGCAUCUUCCUCAAGCACCAGGAGACUCCCCUAGUGAAGGCCAAUAACCGGAACCUCACCUACACUCUCCUCAUCUCUCUCUUCCUCUGCUUCCUCUGUACUUUGCUGUUCAUUGGGCGGCCUGAGAAGAUACCAUGCCUCUUCCGCCAAACGGCUUUUGGCAUCAUCUUUACAGUGGCAGUUUCUUGUGUGCUGGCCAAAACUAUCAUUGUGGUUCUGUCCUUCAUGGCCACCAAGCCAGGAUCCCAAAUGAGAAAAUGGGUGGGGAAAAGACUGGCAGCCUCUAUUGUUCUUUCCAGCUGCUUUAUUCAAGCCUCUAUUUGUACUGUGUGGUUGGCAACCUCACCUCCAUUCCCAGAUUUCAAUACUCACUCAAUAUCUGAAAAAAUUGUUCUGGAAUGUAAUGAAGGUUCUGCCAUCAUGUUUUAUUGUGUAUUGGGUUUUAUGGGUAUCUUGGCCAUUAUCUGUUUCACCCUUGCUUUCCUGGCCAGAAAGUUGCCUGACAGUUUUAAUGAAGCCAAGUUUAUAACUUUCAGCAUGUUGUUAUUUUGCAUUGUUUGGUUGUCCUUCGUUCCCACCUACUUAUGCACCAAAGGGAAAUACAUGGUUGCUGUGGAGAUCUUCUCCAUCUUGGCCUCCAGUGCUGGUCUAAUGAUUUGUAUCUUUUCCCCUAAAUGCUAUAUAAUUGUUUUAAGGCCUGAGUUGAACAGCAGGGAACAUCUAAUGAGGAGAAAGAAUUAA